UCAUACAGACCCUCAAGGAAUACCGUCGGAUGAAUGGUACAGACGACCAAAGGAAAUUGUGCUUGGUCAUUUCAUAUCGGACCGAACUGAAGCUAAUCUUUGUGGAAUUCAUAUUUUGACGCCUGGCAAGACCUUUCAGGACGCGGAAAAAUGAGUAGUCAUUUGUUUCACGUCAGCAGCUUGCUGAUAGAAAAUGCUGUGGAGAAGAUGAAUAGCAACUUCACAUCAAUGGUCCUGGCAACGUCUGUGUUCACCCUCACAUUGGGAUAUUUUUCCAAGUUGGUGUAUAAACAGAUGUCAGCCACGGACAAAGACGCAACGAGUCCUCCAUUCAUUCCAUCCAGUAUUCCAUUCCUUGGCCAUGCAGUCGCUUUUGGUAAAAGUCCCAUCGAGUUCUUGGAGAAUGCCUACGCGAAGUAUGGGCCGGUCUUCAGCUUCACCAUGGUGGGUAGUACCUUCACAUACCUGCUUGGAAGCGACGCCGCCACUCUGCUGUUCAACAGCAAGAAUGAGGACCUGAACGCGGAGGACGUCUACUCCAGACUCACCACACCCGUCUUCGGAAAAGGGGUCGCCUACGACUGCCCAAACCCGAUAUUUCUGGAGCAGAAGAAGAUGUUGAAGACGGGUCUGAACAUCGCCCACUUCAAGCAGCACGUGGAGGUCAUCGAGGAGGAGACCAGGGACUACUUCUCUCGCUGGGGCGACAGCGGAGUCAAAAACCUGUUUGAGGCGCUGUCUGAGCUGAUCAUCUUGACGGCCAGUCGUUGUCUGCACGGUAAGGAGAUCAGGGGCAUGCUGGACGAGAAGGUGGCCCAGCUGUACGCUGACCUGGACGGGGGAUUCUCACACGCCGCCUGGCUGCUGCCCGGAUGGCUACCGCUACCCAGCUUCAGGAAGAGGGACAGAGCUCACCGGGAGAUCAAGGACAUCUUCUACAAGGUCAUCCAGAAACGCCGCCAGGCCGAAAAGAAAGAGGAGGACAUCCUACAGACACUCAUAGAUUCCACUUACAAAGACGGGCGUCCUCUGAACGACGACGAGAUCGCGGGCAUGCUCAUUGGCCUGCUGCUGGCGGGACAGCACACCUCCUCCACCACCUCGGCCUGGAUGGGCUUCUUCCUGGCCAGAGAUCGCCCCCUGCAGGAGCGGUGCUACCAGGAGCAGAAGACUGCCUGCGGAGAUGACCUGCCCCCUCUCGACUACGACCAGCUGAAGGAUCUGCACCUGUUGGACCGCUGUCUGAAGGAGACGCUGAGGCUCCGCCCACCCAUUAUGACCAUGAUGAGGAUGGCCCGGACACCUCUGAAAAUCGCCGGAUACACCAUCCCUGCAGGCCACCAGGUGUGUGUGUCUCCCACGGUGAACCAUCGCCUGUCGGACACCUGGGUGGAGCGCAUGGAGUUCAACCCCGACCGCUACCUGCAGGAGAACCCUGCAGCCGGGGAGAAGUUUGCAUACGUGCCCUUCGGAGCAGGUCGCCACAGGUGUAUCGGUGAAAACUUCGCCUACGUGCAGAUCAAGACCAUCUGGUCCCUCAUGCUGCGCACCUUCGACUUUGAGCUGGUGGACGGAUAUUUCCCCACCGUCAACUACACCACCAUGAUCCACACCCCCAACAACCCCAUGAUCAAGUACACACGCAGGAAACACUAAGGAAACAUCAAGUAUACACGCAGGAAACACAAAGACCCACUGUAUAUACGCCCUGGACUGCAGAGUGCACAACUUCACUGGAUGCAUUAGAAAGUGUUAAGUCAGGAUGCAAUUUAAACAAAUGGGGUAUUUAAAAGAAAUGAUUCCUGCGCAUUCAUGUUUGUUGUGACCCCUUCCAUUGAUUACAGUUCAAGCGAAUUGUUACAGCAGAUAAGCCUUUCAGUUAAAGCGAUAGCUGCCAUCAUUGACAAUAAUCUUACUUUACACCUCCCCCAAAUGUUGGAGUUUUACCUUUCUCCUGUACUUCCAACCAUUCUCGGAGUAUGGCUUGGCAAAUUUUACCUCCAAUAUAGUAAUUAACAUUGAAUCCUAAAAUUUGCACUGCCAGACUCGGAGAACGGCAGGAAGUAUACGAAGAAAGUAAAACACAAUUAUUUUACUGAAGGAGAGGUGUAGUAUGAGUUUAUUUCCCAAAAUUGCACAGUUAUCGCUUGAACACAUCCAGUAUAGCCCCAGUGUAUGAUGUACUUAAAUGAUACGGAUGUGGAGAAGACACUGGAAACAGCAAACGCAUUAACUGUAGGCUGUUGGCAGUGAGUGAAGGGUUUGGAUAUUAUUACAAUGAACCUGCUGUGUGUGUGUGUGUGUGUGUGUGUGUGUGUGUGUGUGUGUGUGUGUGUGUGUGUGUGUGUGUGUGUGUGUGUGAGACCGUCACAGCAAGAGAAACCGAGUGGUUACUUAAUGUUGUUUGUGACAAUGUACAGUUCUAUUUUUGUAUUUUGAAGCAAUACGAAGUUUGACCACUAAACCCGAAUGAUUUGACCUUGAUGAGAGUGGCACGUCCACUACAAGAGACGUGCAGCCAUAUGAGGUUUAUAGAAGACACUGCAGUGAUGGUUAGAGCUUUCCCACCAUUGGAAACACACAAUGCCUCUUCUUGAAGUGAUCACAUCGUUGCCUCUUCAAUUUUAGCCGUUUUGGUUCAGGGUUGAUUGGUUUGACUUUUAGUAAUGUGAAAUAAAUAAUGUGCAGACACUUUAAAACGGAACUGAAGUGAUGAAGUGCUUUGAGUCCAUUCUUUGUUAGCCAGUGCAAAGGCUGCACACGACUGCAAUCAUGUAACUAUAAAAAAUAUGCUAUGCACAGAAAUAAACAUUUUUUUUU